UUUCGAGGCUCGUCUGUUCUCACCUUGGAUUUUCCUGGAAAAACCUUUCUGGAUAAGGAGACUGUUGCUGGUUGUUCAGCCGGGCUCUGUCCCAUCAUUUCAGGCACUCUUGUGAUACAAGGUGCCGAUCAUCAUGUCCACACAAGCGCCAACAUUCACGCAGCCGCUACAGAGCGUCGUGGCACUGGAGGGUAGUGCCGCCACGUUCGAGGCUCAAGUUAGUGGUUCUCCAGUUCCUGAGGUGAGCUGGUUCCGUGAUGGCCAGGUUCUUUCUGCUGCCGCUCUGCCCGGCGUUCAGAUCUCGUUCAGCGACGGCCGCGCUGUUCUGAGGAUCCCUGCUGUGACCGCCGCCCACAGUGGACGAUUUUCUGUCAGAGCCACCAAUGGUGCUGGACAAGCCACAAGCACAGCAGAACUCUUAGUUACAGCUGAGACGGCACCUCCCAGCUUCAUUCAGAGACUACAGAGCUCCACAGUGAGACAGGGCAGCCAAGUGAGGCUGGAUGUCCGAGUCACCGGGAUCCCAGCACCUGUGGUGAAAUUCUACAGAGAAGGCGCCGAGAUCCAGAGCUCCACCGACUUCAGAAUCAUCCAGGACGGAGAUCUACACAGCUUGCUGAUCGCUGAGGCCUUUCCAGAGGAUUCUGGGACGUAUUCAGUGACAGCCACCAACAGCAGUGGACCUACCUCCACAGCUGAACUGCUGGUUCAGACUGAAGUAGAGCUGUUUUCAGGUGAAGAAGCUGUUCCAGCAAAGAAAACAAAGACAGUUAUUUCAACCGCUCAGAUUUCAGAGACCCGACAGACCAGAGUGGAAAAGAAGAUGGAGGCCAGUUUCCAGGCCACCGCCAUGAUGGAGAUGCAUGUAGAGGGCGCCGAACUGGCUCACAAGACUCCACCCAGAGUUCCUCCCAAACCCACGUCCAAGUCACCAACUCAGCCAUCACUAGUUGCCAAGGUGACCGGAGGACGCCAACAGUCAUCACUGUUCAGACAUGUGAAGGCACCCACACCAACACCUGUCAGGUGGGUGGAAAAGACUUUAACACUCUCAGUCUCCCCCAUCAGGGCAGUCCCAUCCCCUAUCAUCACACAGCAGGCCGCCGUGGAUGUCCUCCCACCCUGGAAGCAGGAAGACUAUGUGGCCGAGGCGAGGACCGUCACUCACCUUUUCCAAGAGCAGCAGGUCACCAUGGUCAAACAGGCUGAGGGAGGGAAAAGAGCGGGGGCAUUGGCCACCGUGGUGGCUGCCGUCGACCUCGCUCGUGUCCGACAGCCCGCGCAUGUCGAGGGCGGGCCAGCUGAAGAGGGCGAGGCCGUAGAGGUGGACUUAGGACAGCAGGCCGCCACCAUGGCUGCUGAUCAAAAGUAUCAAGCUGCUUUGACAUCAACAAGAGUGCAAGCUGGCCACGUGCUUUCUACUGCUCAGGAGGUUACCUAUUCAGAGAGGACAGAACUCUCCACCCGUGUGGACACCGGUCUCACCCCAUUCUGCAGUUCCACAUUCACAGUUUCUAAAGUUUCUGUCCCAAAACCCGAGUCUAGCAGUGAGGUUUCCAUCGCCGGCUCAGCUUUGGCCACUCUGCAGAAAGAGUUAUCCUCGUCCGCUGUCACUGCCCGAAAGAUCAUCACGCCCGUCAAGUCUCCCAGUCCAUCUCGCAGAGCGGCAGAGACCAGAGAGAUACUGGAGACCAUCCCGCCACCAUUCAAACACUUCACUGACAAAUAUCAGAGUGGUUUUGGGGCGGAGUUACAGACCGGGGUGGUGUACUCGGGCAGAAUGGAGAGAAUGUAUGAAGACUGGGGAGCCCAGGUGGUGGAGGCAGCUGCAGUACCUUCUGCUGGCGGUGCUGUGGUCCCGCCCACACUGAUUUCUGGAUUGAAGAACACGAAUGUGACAGAGGGUGAGUCUGUGACUCUGGAGUGUCAGAUCAGCGGUCACCCCGUCCCCAUCAUAAUGUGGUUCAGAGAGGACUACAAGAUCGAGAGCUCCAUUGAUUUCCAGAUCACCUAUGAGAACGGAUUUGCCAGGCUGGUGAUCCGUGAGGCGUUCGCUGAAGACAGCGGUCGCUUCACCUGCACUGCUACCAAUGAGGCGGGAACUGUCAGCACUUCCUGUUACCUGCUCGUCCAGGUGUCUGAGGACAUCGAGAGCAGAGAGGAGAUUGCUGUUGUUACCGAACAUGUUGAAGCUGCUCAAAUAAGAGAAGAAGCCAGAGUGGAGACGAUAUCUCAGGUGAGCAUGGUGGAGUCAGAGACUGCCGCUGCUGCUCCCUUCUUUAUCAAAAAACCAACCAUCCAGAAGCUGGGAGGGGGAAGUGUUGUGUUUGAAUGCCAGGUUGGAGGAAGCCCCAAACCACACAUCAUCUGGAAGAAGAGUGGUGUUCCACUCACUACUGGAUACAGAUACAAAGUUGCCUACAAGAAGGAGACUGGAGAGUGUCGAUUAGAGAUCUCCAUGACCUUUGCUGAUGACGCUGGAGAAUAUGCCAUCUUUGCCAAGAAUCAGCUCGGAGAAGUCUCUGCCUCUGCCAGUCUGCUGGAGGAAGAGGAAUAUGAAUCCUACAUGAAGAAACAGGAAGCAGCCUUUAAGACUGAAAUGAUUGCAAUUGUGCAAGAGCCCAAGGUGGGAGAUCUUCCCCCUGUCACUGUUACAACAAUGGAGAAGAUAACCACCACCAUUAUCUCUGGACAGGAAUUCCAUCUGUCUGCCAUCGAGCUGAGGAUCAUCCAGGAGAUUGAGUUAAACAUUAUGAAGAUCACCUACAGAGAGAUUGUGACAGAGGACGGAGAGUUGAUGGUGACUGCAGCUGCCACCGAGGCAGUGCAGCCAGCUUUUGAUACUCCAGUCAAAAACUACAGGAUCAUGGAGGGAAUGAGCGUCACUUUCCACUGCAAGAUGUCAGGAAUGCCGCUCCCAAAGAUUGCUUGGUUCAAAGACGGCCAGCGGAUCAGGCCUGGAGACCAUUAUCAGAUGGAGGUUCUUCAGGAUGGACGGGCCAGCCUUCGCCUGCCUGUGGUGCUACCUGAAGAUGAAGGCGUGUACACAGCUUUCGCCACCAACAUGAAGGGUAACACCGUCAGUUCUGGGAAGCUCUAUGUGGAGCCGUCAGAAGCGGUAACACCUCAGCAAUAUACACCGCAGCCAGCAGUGCAGCGGAUCAGGUCCACAUCUCCUCGUUCCCUGAGCCGCUCGCCUGGCCGUUCUCCCAGCCGUUCACCUGGACGUUCUCCUGCUCGCCGGUUGGAUGAGACAGAUGAGGCACAGCUCGAAAGACUCUAUAAGCCUGUUUUUGUCAUGAAGCCUUCCUCAUAUAAAUGCUCUGAGGGACAAACUGCCAGAUUUGACCUGAAGGUUGUUGGCAGGCCGAUGCCUGAGACAUACUGGUUCCACAAUGGACAACAAGUGGUUAGUGACCACACCCACAAGAUAGUAGUUAAAGAGGAUGGCACUCAGUCCCUGAUCAUUGUCCCAGCUUUGCCACAAGACUCUGGGGAGUGGACUGUUGUGGCUCAGAACAGAGCUGGACGGACAUCCAUCUCUGUCACUCUCACUGUUGAUGGAACCCUGGUGCGUCCACAGUUCACUGAGAAACUGAAGAACAUCAGUGUGAAGCAGGGCACUUUGGUUGAACUAGCUGUCAAAGCCAUUGGAAACCCACUGCCUGAUAUUGUGUGGCUGAAAAACAGUGACAUCGUCACCCCACACAAGCACCCAAACAUCAAGAUUGAGGGAACCCGAGGAGAGGCUAAAUUCCAGAUUCCUUCAGCAGCUGGCUCAGACAGCGCCUGGUACACUGCUACAGCCAUCAACAAGGCUGGCAGAGACACUACUCGCUGUAGAGUCAAUGUUGAGGUGGAAUAUGCUGAGCCCGAACCAGAGAGGAAGCUCAUUAUUCCCAAAGGAACGUACAAAGCCAAAGAGAUUGCUCCUCCAGAGGUGGAGCCACUUCAUCUGCGAUAUGGUCAAGAACAGUGGGAGGAAGGCGACCUAUAUGACAAAGAAAAGCAGCAGAAACCACAGUUCAAGAAGAAACUGACGUCUGUCCGCAUGAAGCGCUUUGGUCCAGCUCAUUUUGAAUGCAGACUGACCCCUAUUGGUGACCCCACCAUGGUGGUGGAGUGGCUGCAUGAUGGUAAACCUCUGGCUGCUGCUAACAGGUUGCGCAUGGUGAAUGAAUUUGGUUACUGCAGUCUUGACUAUGAAGCUGCUUAUGCUAGAGACAGUGGCGUCAUCACCUGCAGAGCAACCAACAAGUACGGAGUCGACCAAACCUCAGCCACCCUGAUCGUCAAAGAUGAGAAGGGCCUCGUGGAGGAAACGCAGCUUCCUGAGGGAAGGAAAGGCGCCCACCGAAUUGAUGAGAUAGAACGUAUGGCUCAUGAAGGUGGACCUUAUGGAGUCACUGCUGAAGAAGAAACAGAAAAGAUGAAACCUGAGAUCGUCCUUCUUCCAGAACCAGCCAGAGUUUUGGAGGGUGAAACAGCUCGAUUCCGCUGCAGAGUGACUGGUUAUCCAUCACCAAAGGUUAACUGGUACCUCAAUGGACAACUUAUCCGCAAAAGCAAGAGAUACAGGCUUCGUUACGAUGGUAUUUACUAUCUGGAGAUAACUGAAAUCAAAUCAUAUGAUUCGGGAGAGGUUAAAGUUGUGGCAGAUAACAAUCUGGGCUCAGUUGAGCACACUGUGAAACUGGAGAUUCAGCAGAAAGAGGACUUCAGAACUCAUUUGCGCCGUGCUCCUGAGGCUAAGCCAGCUGAGGUUGCACCUGAACCUGGAAAAAUACCAUUUGAGGUGAUUAAGGCUGAAAAACCUACAGAGGACUCUCAGAAAGAGGUUGUCAAACUCAAGAAGGCCCAGAGAAUCGUCCACGAGAAAGCCACUGAGGAGACAGAGGAGCUGAGGAGCAAGUUCAAGCGCAGGACGGAGGAAGGCUAUUAUGAGUCCAUUACUGCAGUGGAGCUUAAGUCUCGCAAGAGGGAUGACUCGUAUGAGGAUCUGCUGAGGAAGACAAAGGAGGAGCUGCUUCAUCGUGUCAAGGAGAAGGAGGAGGCUGAGAAAAAGAAGGAGGAAGAACGCCGCAAAGUUACUGCUCAGCCUCUAAAACCAGAGAGGGUCAAACUCUCACCGAGCAUGGAAGCACCAAAGAUUCUUGAGCGUAUUACCAGCCAGACGGUCGCACAGGGCGACGAAGUCAGGUUUAGAGUCAGAGUCGUCGGCAGCCCAGAACCAGCGGGCCAGUGGUUCAAGAACGGUGUUCAGCUGGAGAAGUCUGACCGUGUUUACUGGUACUGGCCAGAGGACCAUGUUUGUGAACUGGUGAUCAGGGACGUCACAGCAGAGGAUUCUGCCAGUGUCAUGGUUAAAGCUUCCAACACUGCUGGGGAGACAUCAAGCCACGCUUUCCUGUUGGUGCAAGCAAAACAAGUCAUUACCUUCACACAGAAGUUGGAGAACGUCAGUGCCAAGGAGAAAGAUACCAUGGCUACCUUUGAGUGUGAAACCAAUGAGCCUUUUGUUAAGGUCAAAUGGCUGAAGAACAAUAUGGAGAUCUUCUCUGGAGACAAAUACAGAAUGCACUCGGACAGAAAGGUUCACUUCCUGUCCGUUCUGAUGAUUGAAAUGAAGGAUGAUGCUGAAUAUGCAUGCGUGGUUAUAGAUGAUGAAGCUGUCAGGACAGCCGCCAAGCUUGAUGUCGAGGGAGCUCCUCUGGAGAUCUUAAAGCAGCUGGAGAGCACCGAGGUGCCUGAGACAUACUCCGGAGAGUUUGAAUGUAUUGUCUCUCGUGAGGAUGCUGAAGGCAGCUGGUUCUUCGGAGAAAAUCUGCUGACUCCCAGCAGUAAAUAUCUCAUCUCCUCCCGCCGUGGAAGACACACCCUCUCUGUGAAAGAUGUAAAGAAGGAAGAUCAGGGAAAAUAUACCUUCAAAGUUGCUGAGUUUAAGACAAGUGCCUCUCUGAAGAUGAAAUUGCGUCCAGUGACCUUGAUGCAGCCUUUGGCCGACAUGACCGUCUGCGAGGGUGACAUUGCUCAACUUGAGGUCAAGUUCUCCCAGGAGAAUGUUGAAGGAACCUGGAUGAAGAGUGGGAAGCCUAUCACAGCCUCCAAUCGUGUGCAUAUUGUUAUCGACAAACAAAUCCACAAACUCCUUAUAGAAGAUACCACCAAAGAUGACUUUGGAAUGUAUUCCUUCGAGGUCCAUGAUCAUGAAAUUUCAACUCUGCAAACUAUUGGCAUCCUGGUCCCACUAAAGGACAGUCACGCUGUUGAGGGCACAAAGGCUGUCCUAGAGGCAAAGAUCUCUGCUCAGGACAUCAGCUCAGUCAAAUGGUACCACAAUAACAACCUGCUGACAGCCAGUGAGCGAGUCCAGAUGGUGGCAGGGAGCCAAGCAGCGCCUGGUCUUCACCAGGAAUAUGCCUCAGAUGAAGGACACUACAAACUGGUGGUUGGCCGAGCUGACACCAGCUGCAGCUUUACUGUUGAGCCUGUCCAGAUUGUGACACCAAUGAAAGACAAAGAGUGCUCUGAGUCUGAGAAUGUCACCUUUGAAGUCGAGGUCUCUCACCCAGGCAUCGAUGCUUUCUGGACCUUUAAGAGGCAGCCUCUUAAAGCUGGUCCCCAGUACAAGAUGGAGUCCAAGGACAAGCGGCACAGGCUGACAGUCAUGAAUGCAAUGAAGGAUGAAGAGGGAGAGUACAUGUUUGCUGCUGGUGAGAAGAUGUGCAGUGCUUCACUCACCGUAACAGGUGGUGCCAUCAAGAAGCCCCUACAUGAUUUGGUGGUAGCCGACUCCCAGACUGCCGUGCUGCAGUGUGAGGUCGCUAACCCCUCUGCAGAGGGCACAUGGCUAAAAGACGGCCAGCUGGUUGACUUCAACGAGAACGUGCUGAGCGAGGCGGACGGCGCCAUCAGACGCCUUGUAAUCAUCAUCACUAAGGCCACUGACAUUGGAGAGUACACUUACCAGGUCGCCACCUCCAAGACCUCGGCCACUCUUAAAGUGGAAGCUGUCAAAGUCAAGAAGACCCUGAAGAACCUGAAUGUAGUCCAGACUCAGGAGGCUGUGUUCAGCCUGGAGCUGACCCACGAGAAUGUGAGAGGAGCACAGUGGAUCAAAAAUGGUGUUGAGAUCCAACACAGCGAUAAAUAUGAAAUCAGUACUGAAGGCACAGUCCACACAUUGACGAUCAAGAACUGCAGCACACAGGAUGAGUCUGUUUACUCCUUCAAACUGGGAAAACUGUCUGCAAGUGCCAGGCUCAACGUGGAAACCAUCAAGAUCCUGAAGAGGCCAAAGGACGUGACGGCACUGUCAGGAGCAACAGUUGUAUUUGAGUGCAUCUCGGAGGAUGAUAUCCCAGUGAAAUGGAUGUUCAAUGACACAGAGCUGGGUCUGAUGGCCUACAGCAUCCUCUCUGAGAAGAAGAACCACAAGCUGAUCGAUGAUGCGGAUGACAGCAAACAGGGCGAGUACACAGCUGUUGUUGGUCACCUGCAGUGCAGCGCUCACCUCUCCGUUGAGUCUCUGCGUGUCACGAGGCCCAUGAAAAGUGUGGGUCCGGAGACUCAAGUGGCCACAUUUGAGUGUGAAGUUUCUCAUUUCAAUGUCCCAUCCACCUGGCUGAAGGAUGGUGUGGAGAUUGAGAUGAGCGAGAAGUUCAGGAUUGUGGUUCAGGGAAAACUCACCAGCUGAAGAUUCAUGAACACCAGCAGUGAAGACUCUGCAGAGUACACUUUCAUCUGUGGGAAUGACCAAGUCUCUGCGACGCUGACCGUUAACCCUAUUCUGAUCACAACGAUGCUCGAAGACCUGAAUGCUCAGGAGAAGGACACGAUCACAUUUGAGGUGAAUGUGAACUACGAGGGAAUCACAUACAAGUGGCUGAAGAACGGCGUGGAGAUCCGCUCUACGGACCGAUGCCAGGCUCGCUGCAAACAGCUCACUCACACGCUGAGCAUCAGGAACGUUCACUUUGGAGACAGUGCCGAGUACACCUUCAUGGCUGGCUCUGCAGUCACUUCAGCUAAACUUCACGUUGAGGCCCGUGUGGUUGUCACCAAACACCUGCGGGACCUGAAGAUCACAGAGAAGAAGAGGGCUUUUGAAUGUGAAGUUUCGGAACCAAACAUCCAGGUGAUGUGGAUGAAGGACGGUCAGGAGCUGGAGAUGUCUGACAGAUACAAAAUGACGUCGGAUCAGUUCGCGCACCGUCUGGUUCUGCCCUCAGUCCGUCUGUCCGACGCCGGUGAAUACACUGCUGUGGCUGGUUCAAGCAUGUCUAAGGGCCACCUGGUAGUCGAGGGACGAGAUGUCAAAAUCUCAGAGCCUGCCAGCAGGGACAUCACGGUGAGUUAGAUGGUAAAGCAAAGAGCCACCUUUGAGUUUGAGGUUAAUGAGGAUGAUGUAGAGGGUCGCUGGAUGAGAAAUGGCGUAGAGAUCCAACUCUCUGUGGAGGAGAGGUUCAACUAUGCCACCAUCAGGAAGCUCCACCGUCUCACCAUCUCUGAGACCUUCAGGAGUGAUGCUGGAGAGUACACUUUCUUAGCUGGCAAAAACAGGAGUUCUGUGAACCUCCAUGUCAGACUGCCGGAGCCCCCUCAGAUUGUCCGUGAGAUGCAGCCCCAGACUGCAAUCUCAGGCAGGUCGGUUCGCUUCUCAGCACAGGUGAGCGGCCUCCCUCAGCCCCAGGUUUUUUGGUACAAAGACUCUGAAGUUCUAUCCACAAGCUACAAGUGCAAGUUCCUCCAUGAUGGAGAUGAGCAUACGCUGCUGCUGCUCGAAGUCUUCCCUGAAGAUGCCGGCACCUACAGCUGUGAGGCCAAAAAUGACUACGGAGAGGCAACAAGCUCCGCGUCUCUCACUGUGGAAGUUCCGGAGGUGGUUGAAGCCGUGGCUCAGAUUUCCCCACCGAUCCUCAUCGUUCCCAUGCAGAACUUGCUGGUCUCAGAAGGAAAUCCUGCCCAGUUCCAGUGCAGCGUCUCUGGGGAAGAUCUGCAGAUUUCCUGGUUCUGUAAUGACAGAGAGCUCAAACAGUCAGACAUCUUCAGGAUGUCUCAUUAUGAUGCCUGCCAGCUGGAGAUUUCCAGAGUGCUACCCAGCCAUGAAGGAGAGUACUCAUGUGUUGCCACAAAUUCAGCAGGAAUGGUUACAUGUGCUGCCACUUUGAAUAUUGAUGUGAAAAGUGGUGAAAUGGCCGAGUUCAGCUGCUUGUUCGAUGGCCAGCCCUUCACCAUGGUGGUAUGGGAUCAUAACGGCCAGAGCCUGGUGGACACCGAGCGGGUGAGAAGCUCUCAGAGUGGUGGAUUUUUGUCCCUGGUCAUCCAGGGCGUAGUGUGGUGGACCAGGGUAUGUACCCGCUGCACCGCCACCAAUGAACAUGGCCAGAACAGCUCCUCCGCUCAGCUCACUGUUGAAGCUAAAGAAGGAAAUCUCAAAGCAGAAACCCCCAUCCCUACCGAUUCUGUGCGCAAAGUGUCACAGACAGACAGGGAGACCCCUAGAGAUCCCUCUGACCAAGCAAGGGUGGUGGAGAACCUCAUCAGCCUGCUGUAUUUCCCUGAUGUCACGCCUCACGAAGAACGAGGUCACCGCCUCUCCAGCUACCCCGAGUUCCUGAUCAAACUCCCCCCUGAGCUGAUCAGAAAACAAAGGCAUGGCUCCCUGAAUUGCGUUGUGAAGGGGCUUCCGACUCCGUUUGUCAUUUGGCUUUACAACCAGUUGAAUGUUGAGGAAUCUGUGUCUUACUCUGUGAAAAAUGAUGACCCCCUGUGCUGAAAUGCUAACUAUGUGGGACCUGGAAAAGGGGGCUCUUACAUUUGCAAAAAUAUGAGCUCAGCCGGGGAUGCUGAGUGCAGCACAGUGAUGAAAGUCUCUACAGUUACUACAGUGGAGAAGGAACCUAUGAUUCAGGUCCAGGAGGAAAUCAAAGCCUUCUCUAGCACAACCAUCACGGUGGAAGAGGAAACCCAGGAGUCGUACCUCACUGGCAUAAAGUUAGCAGACAAAACCAGAACACUUGAACUCGAGCCAGAGUCUAAACACUACUCCAGCACUCUGGAAAAAAAGAAAGAAAAGCCGGUUUUCCUCAGUGAACUUUCUCCAGCAGCCGUGACUGUCGGAGAAACUGCUGUGCUUACCGUCAGAGUGUCCGGCUUCCCUAAGCCCACUGUUCAGUGGUUUCACAAUGGGCAGAGUAUAACCAGUUCAUCUGUGUAUACAUUUAUUCAUGAACGAGAUGAGUAUAGCUUGGUCGUUAACAAAGUUCAUAGGGAAUGUGAAGGAGAGUACUCCUGUACAGUCAGCAACAGAUUUGGCCAGUCGACGUGCACUUCUUAUCUGCAUGUUCAGGUAAAGGAGCCAGAAAAGGCAGAAAGGGUUGAUGAGAGAAUAUUUGCAGUGACUGGCAAGCCCCCAGAAUUCACUAAAACUAUAGAAUCUCUUCAGUUGAAGGAAGGAGGUCAAGGUUUCUUUAGGUACACUGUGACUGGAGAUCCUCUCCCUGAGGUCCAGUGGCUUAAAGGCAGUUUCCACAUCCAGCCUAGUGGGUUCUGUUUCAUUGUGAGCAACCCAGAUGGAUCUGGGUUCAUUAACAUUAAGAGUGUCAAACAAGAGCACAGUGGCAUUUACACCUGUAAGGCCUCAAAUCAAUAUGGGGAAGCCUCUUGUACUGCAGAGCUGUUGGUGUUCAGGGAGAAAGCUCAGGAAGAGCACACGUUAGUACAGAAAACUAAAGGCUUGAAGAUAUCGAUGACAGAACAAACCACAGAACUGAGAUUGCACCAGGAAAGAAGCCGCUCUGAUCAGAUGAUCUAUACCAUUAGUACUGAAGACCGGCAGAUUAUUCCCAGUGAAGAGGUAGAAAUGCUCAGAGGGCUCGAUAUCUCUUCUGCUACCCUUCAUCGAGAGCAGCUUACCCAUCAGGCAGCGGUGCUGCAGUCACAUGAAAUAGAGGAGAGGGUUUCUUUAGCUCCCAGCCAUCCACCUCAGGUCUCAGCUGUUCCUGUGAAACAGCUUCACAUGGCUACUUUCUUAUCCUCAAUCCAGGAGAGACAAAAGAUCAGCGAGCAGCACGCUGACCGGAUUCUCAGCCCUGAGCUAGUUGAACUGGAGUUAACCAAAGAACAACCACCUAAGCUCAUGUCAGCUACAUCUGAGGAGGUCCUUCCACUCUCCACAGUGAGAGCUAAGGCAUUGAUGGAUCAGACUCCAGACCACAUAAAGACCUCCAGUGAGCCAAGGCAAAUUGUUAGUAGUCACCAGGUAGAGUGUGCUGUACCUAUGACUGAUGAACUCUCAGAAAUCAUGCAAAGACCAAAUGAAGAGAGGAGUUUCAGAGUCACAGAGGGGGUUAAGAUUUUAUACUCGGCUCAGUCUGCAGGACAACUUCAGCUUACAGAAAGACACACUGAUCCUCUACCAGCUUUAGAUGCAGACAUUAAACCUUCAGUUGAAAAAGAGCAACCUAAACCAGUGGUCGCACCAGUGAGUGAAACUAGAGUGGCUUUAUCCAAAGAGCAAAAGUUUGAAAUACAAAGACCAGAGCAGGAGAGCACCAUCCCAUACAAAGACAUGGUUUACAAUUCAGCUAUAAAUACUGAAGAGAAAUAUGAGCUCCAGGCUGAACAGACAGGACAAGUGCCAUGUAGAGCAUCUUCUGUGUGUCUGCAGCCACAGCAGGAAGGAGAACAGUUUCUGAAUCUGCAGGUUAUCAGUGAUCACGGUGUUUUAGUUUGUGAAGGACAAUUCAGCAGCAAAAAACCUUCAACAGAAGAGGCAGAAGUGAGGAAGAGUCCAACUUUACUGCAUUCGGUGACUCAAGAAGAACAGAGGACUGUAGUCUGUGAGGCAACUUCAGAAUUCGAAGCAAAGAUUAACACCACCUCUGUUCAACCGACGAAAGAGUUAGCACAAGCUAAAUACCUUCAGUCAGUCCAUUCUUUAUCAGUUUUACCAAAAGAAGGCAUACUCACUGUCACAAAACCUGACCAGCAGGCAGCAACACAGAAAAAGGAAAAGGCAAGAUGGCAUGCAGCUACCUCAGAAGAGCAAAUGGAGAUCACUGCAGAUUAUCACAAAGAUCUUGAAAUGUUAGUGACCAGCACUGAGUCACAGCCUCAGACUGAGUCCAGGCCUCUAAGCAUCCUUGCUGUGUCCUCACAGCCCAUGCAUCUGCCUAAAGAGACUCCUUUUGUUAUGAAUGUCACACAACAGCGUGCAUUAGUCCAGAAAGAGGAUUACUGGAAUAUCAUGCAGUCUCUGAACAUCACAGACAAUCAAACUCUGGAAGAGGGUCACACUACUAGUUUUGAAACUGAUGAGAAAUUUAAGCCUGAGAUUAAAAUUGAGCCCAAGAUCCCCAAAAAACCUAUUUUCAUAGAAGAAAAGGCAGUGGCCAAUGAAAGCUGCACUGUCUUAGAAGCUGCUGAGCAGGACUUUGCAGUCCAGAUCCAGGAAGGCCAGUCAGUCCAACAGUCAGUGUUUCUAGAAGAAAAACAGGUUAUUAUAGGAGAGCGGUCAAGUGAGAUACAUACAGUCAAGGGCUCCACUGUCAGUGUUGAGACGCAGCCUAAAGGAGUUCUUUUUAUCCCAGAGAGUAGGGAUGCUCAGACUCUACCUAAAGAACUCAACUUCUUCAUUCAUGUCCCAAAACCAUCUAGUUUGAAUGUACGACAUCAGCUCAGAGAUGCUCUUCAAUCAGCUGUGGCCACAGAUCAGCCAGUUUUACUGGCUGAUGUUGUUGGAAGAUUAGAGGCAGUGGAAGUCCAAGAGGUCAAGGUUCAGAGAGAACCCAAACGGGCUGCAUGCACAUAUCUUAUCACAUCUCCAGGUUCUGCCUUGGAGAUUGCACUGUCUUUUGAAGGUGAAUACCCACAGACAGCUAACCUUAGGCAUGAACUACAGCUAGCUCUGCAUGCUAUGUUUUCCCAAGAGCAGCCAAGUCUUAUAUCAGAGCAACCAGGCACCAUGCAGAUUGACAAGCCUCAGAUGCAAGUCAGCUCAGUGUCCUCCAAGGAGGUGCUGUCUUCUGUGGUGGACUCUGUGAUGGUGGCAGAGAGUGCAGUCAGGAUACCUCCUACUGAACUGGUGAAAUCAGACAAAGAGUUCAAGUGUUUUAAAGACCAAGACACAUACACAUUAGUUAUUGACAAGGUUGUCAAAGAAAGGCAUCAAGGAGAGUAUGUCUGUGAGGCUGAGAAUGAAGUCGGCAAGACUACAAUCUCAAGACUGACUGUGGUCCCACGAGUGAAGCCUGUGUUCAGGCACAGAAUCGUUCCAGUGGAGAUAAACAUUGGCAACACUGCCAAGUUUGAAUGUGAAACUGAAGAUGCUCCAAAUGUGAGCUUCAAGUGGUUCAAAGAUGGACACCCCAUCAAAGAGGGUGACAGGUGCAGGAUUAUCAGUCGCUUCAGAGCUUCCUCUCUGGAACUUCUGAGGACAACCAAGGAUGACAGCGCUGAAUACACCUGCAAGGCAUCCAAUCAGCAUGGCAGUGAUGAAUGCUCCGCCUCUCUCAGUGUCACAGAACAAUUUCCUCGUGUUAUAAGUAAACCAGACCCUCAGACUGUGUAUGUUGGAAAGAGGGCUGUAAUACAGUGUGUAAUAGCGGGAUCUGCUCCACUGAAUGUUGUCUGGUUCAAAGACAACCAGGCCUUACCCAAAGUGCCUGCACACUACCAGACCUCUUGUGAAAAAAAUAAGCACACUCUUGAGAUAACCAGUGUCGAGGCAGCUGAUAGUGGGCUUUUUGUGUGCAAGGUAACUAACAAUGUUGGGACAGCCGAGUGCAACACGGAGCUGCGUGUUAUUGAUAAGCCCAACUUUGUAAAGCCCCUGGGUCCAGUCGCUGCUGUGGUUGGAGCUCCUCUGCACCUUGAGUGUCAGGUGGAUGAGGACACUGGAGUAACUGUCACCUGGACCAGAGAUGGUAGAAAAGUCCACCAGUCUCCAGACUGUAAACUGUUGUUUGAGGAUAAGAUGGUUACUCUUGAUAUACCAAAGACCACACUGAAAGAUUGUGGUAAUUAUGUGUGUACAGUGACAAAUGAAGCUGGGAGUGCAUCUUGCUCCACCUCAGUGAAGGUACAAGAGCCACCGGUCUUUGUAAAGAGGCUGGAAGCCACAACGAUUUGGAAGCAAGGCAGCACUGCUCGCCUGCAGUGCGCCAUCAAAGGAUCCCCUGAACUCCACACCACCUGGUUCUUUAAUAGCAGCGAGCUGCCCACUGGUGGCAGACACGCUGUCAGUCUGAAGGAUGGUGUCACCACUCUUGAGAUACAGGAUGUCAUGUUGAGUGACAGUGGAAACUACACCUGUGAGGUUCUCAAUGAGUGUGGGUGUGAAAGUUGCAGCAUUAAAGUAACAGUGAAAGAACCUCCAUCCUUCAGAAAGGAGUUACUGACCACUGAGGCAGUCAGAGGGUCAGUAGCUGUACUGGAGUGUGAGAUUGCAGGCUCGGAACCAUUUGAAGUGUCUUGGAAAAAGAAUAAGAAACGCUUGUCCUCAGAUAAGAAGUACAGACUAGUAUCACAGGGAACCCUGGCCUCUAUGGAGAUCCAGUCAUUUGAGAGCGCUGAUGCUGGUGAAUACGAAUGUGUUGUAUCCAAUGAGGUUGGGUCAGUAACCUCAAAGUCAGUGGUUAAACAAAAAGAGCCACCGAUGUUCUCAAAGAGGAUUGAGAGUGCCACAGCAGUGCUGGGAAAUACAGUGAAAUUACAGGGCACCCUGAAAGGCUCAGCUCCCAUGACUAUCAAAUGGAUGAAAGACUCUGAGCUGCUAAGAGAUGACGAUCCUAAUAAAAUGUCAUUUGUGAACAAUAUCGCUAGCAUUUCCUUCUCAUCUGUCGAGCUAAAACAUGGUGAGUAUACUUGUCUUGCUGAAAAUGAGGCAGGACAGCAGAAAUGUGAAGCUAUCUUAACUAUUCAAGAACCAGCUAGGAUUUUAGAAAAAGCAGCCUCAAUCAGUGUGACUGCAGGUGACUCGGCCACUCUGGAGUGUACCAUUUCUGGAAGUCCUGAACUCAGAGUGAAAUGGUUCAAAGAUGGCAAGGAGAUGAUCAGUGGCCGUAAAUAUAAAAUAGCAGUGAAGGAGAGCACUGCCAUUUUAAAGAUUCUUGCAGCAGAUAGGGACACUGCAGAGUACAAGAUGGAAUUGUCCAAAGUUGGAAAAGAUGAGUGCACCUGCUCGGUUACGGUUAUAGAUCGUGCAGUUCCCCCAUCCUUCACCAAAAUGCUAAAGAAAGUGAAUGGAAGUAUUGGCAGUAAUGUCCACUUGGAGUGCAGGGUUGCUGGAUCUCAGCCAAUGGUUCUUUCUUGGUACAAAGACAAUAAAGAAAUCCACAGCGAUGACAAAUAUAAGCUUGAUUUCAGUGAGAGUACUGCCUCUGUGACGAUCGCUGGCCUGGCAAGCGAUGGUGGAGUUUAUACAUGCAAAGCCUCUAAUGAUGCCGGAGAAAAAGAAACUACUGGUACUCUGUCCAUCAAAGAACCUCCAGCCUUUACGGUGAACCUGAACUCUUGAUGCUUCCCGGGAUCAAAUGUUGUCUUAAAAUCUGAAUUUACUGGAUCAGCUCCACUUGUUGUUAAAUGGUUCAGAGAGGAGAAAGAGAUUUUCACUGGGGAAAGAUUUCAUAAGAAAGACUCCUCUUCAAGUUCCUUGGAACUCCAUUGUAAACCCAGUGACUCUGCCAAAUAUACAUGCCAAGUAUCCAACGAUGCCGGGAAGGUGGAUUGCACUGCAGUACUCUUCAUAAAGGUGCCCCCAACAUUUACGAUGAAGCUUGAGCCUUCAAAGCUGCUGAAAACUGGACAACCUCUGAAGCUGUCUUGCAAAGUGCAGGGCACUCCUGUUAUUACUAUUACAUGGUUUAAAAGUGGUUCAGAAAUUGUUUCAGACCACAGAAGCACCAUGUCCUUCGAUGGCUCGAUAGCCACUCUGGACGCAGAGAACUGCUCUGUAGAGGAUAGUGGAGAUUAUGUCUGUGUGGCAUCCAGUGAGGCCGGCAGAGAGCAGUGCAGCAGCUCAGUAACGGUGAAAGCCUCCAGUGUUGUGAGGCCUUUUGAAUCAGCUGAGCUUGUUAUGGAGUCUGACAUUAUCUUGGAAGGAAUCGUUUCAGGUUCCCCUCCAUUUGAAAUAAGCUGUUUCCUGAACGAUAAGCUGAUCAGAAAUGACAAAAGACAUAAAAUCAGUGUCGAAAAUGAUACAAUCACUCUUCAGAUCUCAAUGUGUGAGACCGGAGAUGAAGGAACUUACAAGUGCACUGUUUCAAAUGAUGUUGGGGAGACAUCUUGUUCUUGCCAGAUUUCUCUAAAAGAACCACCAUCAUUUGUUCAAAGACUAAAGGAUAUGUCCUGUAUUGUGGGCUCUGAAAUCUCUAUGAAGUGCAUGUUGUCUGGGUCACUUCCCAUGACUUUCUCCUGGAUCAAGGAUGAUCAUGAGCUCACAGAGGAUGAGCAUGUUAAGAUGUCCUAUGAAGCCAAAAGUGCCAUGUUGAAUUUGAAAAAUGCUCAGUUAUCACAUGGCGGGAAAUAUGUCUGUCAGGCACAGAACAAAGCCGGGACUCAAAGAUGUGCCGCAGUGCUCAUAGUGACAGAGCCAGCAAGUAUUUCAGAAAAUGCAAAGUCCAUCAGUGUAACCCUCGGUGACCCAGCUAGGCUUGAAUGCAAGUUUUCAGGAACAAAACCGCUGAAAGUCAGAUGGAUUAAUACGGGAAAGGAGCUGACCUCAGGACAGAGAUACCGAAUACAGACCACAGACACAAGCUCAGUGCUCAAGAUUGUAAAAGCAGAGAAGAGGGAUAGCGGUGACUACACCUUCGAAGUUUCAAAUGUUGCUGGGCAAAGUUCAUGUGACGCAUCAGUUACAGUCUUAGAACCACCACACAUUCUUGAACAACCUGAAUCUAUGAAUGUUUUACCUGGAUCAAAGGUUAGGUUUAGUCUUCAUGUCUCAGGCACACCUCCACUCACCAUCAAGUGGUUUAGAAACAAAAAAGAAAUCCUACCGAGCGCCGACUGCUCUGUAAUUAAAAACAACACUUCAAGCUCACUGGAGCUCUUCUUUGCUAAAACCUCCAAUUCUGGAGAAUAUGUUUGUGAAAUACAGAAUGCUGUGGGUUCCACAUCAUGCAAGGCAACACUCUUUGUAAAAGAACCCCCGUUUUUCAUUGAAAAACCUGAAGCUGUGUCAUUAGUAAGAGUAGGAGACAGGAAGGUGUUUGAGUGCAAGUUUGGUGGUACCCCAGAGAUCUCUGUGAAAUGGUUCAGAGAUGGAGUUCAGAUUCACCAAAGUGUCAAACACAAGAUGUCGUUUUUUACCUCUGUAGCCAUUUUAGAGGUUUGUCAAGUUAGUCAACGAGACAGCGGGAAAUACUUCUGUGAGGCCUGCAACGAAGCAGGCACAGAGAGUUGCACUUUUGAGCUUGUAGCGAAAGAGCCGCCAUCGUUUGUUGAAGAGUUGGUGUCUCUCGAAGUCGUUAAAGGUUCCACAGCAGUGUUUGCUAGCAAAGUGGCAGGAAGUGCUCCAUUUGAUGUCACGUGGUUGAAAGAUAAAAAGACAGUUUUAUCCAGCCAAAAGUAUACGAUUGUUGAUAGUGAAAAUGUGGGCUUAAAAAUCCAGGACUGUGAUGUGGACGAUGUGGGCGCCUAUCAAUGUGUGGUAGCCAAUGAGGUUGGAAGUUGCUCUGGCUUGGUGGUGUUAUCCCUGAAAGUCCCUCCAACAUUUGUUAAGAAGAUAGAGAAUGUCUUCACUGUUCUGGGAGAUUCUGCAGUCUUUGGGUGCUCUGUUGAAGGGUCCCUGCCACUUUCUGUGCAAUGGAAAAAAGAUGAGAUCUGGAUCCCACAGGAUCCAAAGAUUGAGCAAAUGUUUCAGAACAAAGAGGCCACUCUCAGGAUCCUUGCUUGUGAGGUAACUCACGAAGGGAAAUAUACCUGCCAAGUUGUAAAUGAGGCUGGGCAGUACACAUGUUCUGCGACACUCACUGUGCAAGUACCACCAACAAUUCAAGAGAAACCAGAGUUUGUUAAAGUGACUUGUGGAGAUCCAGUUAUUCUUGAGUGCAGGGUAGCUGGAACUCCUCAAAUAAGUGUAAAGUGGAUCAAGGAUGGCAAAGAGCUACAGUCAAGCCAAAAGCAUAAUCUCUACUAUGAGAACAACCUCAGCAGGCUUAACAUAAUGGCCUCUCGGGUGGAAGACAGUGGAGAAUACCUGCUUGAAGCCCAAAACGCAGUUGGGACUUGCAGAUGUAAAGUAAAGCUGAUUGUUUUAGAAGAAUUGAUUCCUCCCACAUUUGUUAAGAAAUUAACAAACAUUCAAGGAAUUAUGGGUUCAGUGGUGACCAUGGAGUGCAGACUGGCUGGGUCUCUUCCUCUGACAGUUGAAUGGAGCAAAGGGAAACAAAGGCUUACACAGAGCUCCAAGUACAAACUUGUACACACUGAAAAUAGAGUCUUGCUGGAGUUAAAACUUACUGGAAGUGUUGAUACAGGAGAGUACUCCUGCAAAGUUACCAACAAAGCAGGCAGCUGUGUGUGCAGUGGAGUUCUUACAGCUAAAGUGCCACCAAGAUUCAUAGAUGAGCUUAAGUCUCAGGCUGUUAUUCCAAAGUCUGACGUAUUCUUCAAAAGUGUCUUUGAAGGGACACCUCCGUUUAUGGUGAAGUGGUUCAAGGAUGACACUGAACUCAUCACUGGGCCAUCAUGCAGAAUUAGACUGGAGAAAUAUUCCUCUUCUGUAGAGCUCUGCAUAGUGGGUACUCUGCAGUGUGGGAUUUAUUCUUGCCAAGUUAGCAACGAAGCAGGCACAGUGAAAAGUGCGGCACAGUUGCUGGUGAAAGAGCCACCUCGAUUUGUCCUGAAACUGCCCCCCACUACCUUUGUGAAGCAGUAUGAGAGGCACUGUUUUGAAUGCAAGGUCACCAAUGUACAGUCCCUGAGAAUAUGUUGGUACAAAAAUGAACAACAGAUAACUGAUGGAGGGAACUAUAAAACUAUGUUUGUUGACUCAACUGCAUACCUCCAGCUGUCCAAUGCAAAGUUUGAGGAUAACGGAGUCUACACAUGUGAGGCUCAUAAUGAUGCUGGCAGUGUAAGCUGCAGCACUGUUCUCACAGUUCAAGAGUCUCCAUCGUUUUUUAAAACUCCGAGCCCUGUGGAGGGCAUAAAAGGCAAAGAUGUUAGUCUGCAUUGUGAGAUGUCUGGCACCCCACCUUUCCAGGUUAACUGGUACAAAAACAAAAGGCCACUAAAAGAGGAUAGAAAAUUUAAGCUAGUCAGUGUGAGCAGCUCUGCCGCACUUCAUAUUAUGAAACUUGAGGAAGAUGAUGCUGGGCUUUAUGAGUGCAGAGUGUCAAACAAUGUAGGAAGUGAUUCAUGCCAAGCUACCAUUACUUUGAAAGAACCACCAGUGUUUCUGGAGAAACUGGUUGAUCAGUCAGUGAGAAUCGGUCAGCAGCUGACACUGACAGCUACGGUGAAAGGCUCGGAGCCACUGACCGUGUUUUGGGUUCAGGACAAAGAUCACAUUCUCAGAGAAGGUGACAACAGGAAGAUCAGCUUUGAGAACAAUGUGGUUACUCUUGUAGUCCCUGAGGCCGACUCAACCACAGCGGGUAAAUACACCUGCCAGCUAAGGAACGACUGUGGAGUGGUAGAGUCAGUCUCCCAAGUGACCGUUCUAGAACCCGCUGCUAUUGUGGAUAGACCAGAGUCACUGAACGUGAAGUCAGGAGAAAAUGCAUCCCUUGAUGUAACAGUAUCUGGCUCACCAGAACUGAAAACUACGUGGUUCAAGGAUAACAAAGAACUGUCUGCUAGUGCCAAGUAUCAGAUGUACCAAAAAAAGAAGUUAGCCACCCUGAAGAUUCUGUCUGCUGACAAAGCAGAUGCUGGAGAGUACAAACUACAGGUUACAAAUCAUGUUGGCACAGCCUCUUGCAAAAUUAAGCUAUCUGUCUCAGAUAAGCUGAUUCCACCAAGUUUCAUAAAGAAGCUGAGAGAUACCCACCUUGUUGUGGGCAAGCCUGGUGAGAUGGAGUGUAAGGUUACCGGUUCUGCACCUUUAACAACUUCCUGGUUCCAUAACAGCCAAGAGAUAAGCAGUGGGCCAACCUAUGACGUUAGCAUCGUGGAUAAUGUGUGCAGACUGAGAAUUCCAAUGAUUAGGAUAUCGGAUUCUGGCAAAUACACAUGUAAAGCUGUGAACACUGCAGGAAGCAGUGAGACGAGCGCUUCAAUGAAUGUGACAGAACCUCCAUCUUUUUUGGAAACACUCGAGGCCAAAGAAACAUUGCCUGGCCAAAACGUGUCUUUCUUGGCUAAAGUGAAAGGCAGUGUCCCCCUAAAGGUCAAAUGGUUCAGGGGAGCUAAGGAAAUGCAGCAUGGGAGAGGCUGCGAGAUCUCCCUGAAAGACGAUGUUGCCAUAUUGGUACUUCAUAAAGCUGAAAAGUCUCAUGAAGGAGAGUAUACCUGCCAGAUCAUUAAUGAUGCAGGAAAGGACAGCUGCUCAGUUUUUCUGUUCGUGAAAGAACCAGUCCACUUUGUGAAGAAACUGAGGGACAUUUCCUUUGAAAAGGGUAAACCUCUGAGGCUCGAGGUCACGUACGCUGGAACCCCGACUGUAAACGUAAUGUGGAAAAAGGAUGGUAAACUCAUCCAAGCCUCUUAUCAGUACAAUGUGAUCACCACAGACACCUCCUGCAUCCUGGAGGUUCUUAACUCUGAAAGGAUGGAGGCAGCUGGUAGAUACUCUUGUGAAGUAGACAAUGGAGCCGGAAGUGACAAAUGUGAAGCAAAUGUGUCAAUUCUAGAACCACCAUACUUUGUUGACAUGAUGGAACCAGUGGAGGUAAAUAUGGGUGAUGCGGUGACCUUAGAAUGCAGAAUUGCAGGAACUCCUGUGAUCUCUGUAUCCUGGUUUAAAGACGACGGAAAGCUGCGCAAGUCCAACAAUUGCUCAAUGGACUUUGCAGAUGGCAUUGCUACUUUGAAACUGUUCAAAACGACCAAGUCUGAUCACGGUGAAUAUGUCUGCAAGGCCGAGAACCGGGUUGGUUCAGCCUCCACCAACUGUAACGUGACUGUGAAAGAGCGCAAAGUUCCUCCAAACUUCACCAAGAAGCCCUCUGAGUCCAUGGUGGAUUCAGUGGGUAAGACUGUAAAGAUUGAGGGCCGAGUGUCCGGCUCCCAGCCACUGACCGUCACCUGGUACAAAGACAACAGUGCGAUCUACGCCUCUGACAAAUAUGACAUCAGCUUCAAGAACAACAUGGCCGUGCUGUGUGUCAGAGACUCCACCAGCUCUGACAGUGGUGUUUACAGCUGUGAGGCUUCCAAUGAAGCUGGCAAAGCUUCUUGUAAGGUUUCUCUCACUGUAUCAGGUAGGAAAAUUGGACAGGCUCCAAGAUUUGAUGUUCCUCUGGAGCCAGUGGCUGUGAGCGAAGGAGAGAAGCUGAGCCUAAAAUGCCAUGUGACCGGCUCUACUCCAAUAACCAUCCAGUGGAUGAAGGACAGGAGAGAGCUGAUGUCCAGUGGAAACACCAAAAUCACAUUUGUUGGUGGAACAGCCUGCCUGGAGAUCAGCCAGGUUUCAAAGACUGAUGCUGGGGAUUACCUGUGCAAAGCCAGCAAUGCAAUUGGCAGUGACUUCUGCAAGUCCAAAGUCACUGUAAGAGAUAAAGGUGCUAAGCCUGCACCCACCGAGGCCGCUGCCCUGGCUGCAGCUGCCCCAGUCAAAAGGCUUGACAACCUAUUCUUCAUCGAAGAACCCCAAAAUGUUUCUGUCACAGAGAAGGGCACUGCAACCUUUAUUGCUAAGAUUGGAGGUGACCCAAUCCCCAGCGUGAAGUGGAUGAAGGGCAAAUGGAGACAGGUCACCCCCGGUGGUCGAAUAUCUAUUGAGCACAAGGGCCAGGAUGCCAAACUGGAGAUCAGAGAGGUUACCAAGUCUGAUUCUGGUCACUACAGAUGUGUUGCCACCAACAAACAUGGAGAAAUUGAGAGUGGCGCUGAUAUGGAGGUGACCAAAAAGGAGGAAGUGGGAGACGUGGGAGACUUAAGAACGAGGCUCAAGAAGACUCCUUCCAAACAGAAGAGUCCCAAGAAAGAAGAAGAGAUCAACAUUGUGGAGUUGCUUAGAGGUCAUGACCCCAAAGACUAUGAGAGGAUCCUGCGGGAACAUGGAAUCCAUGACUACCGAGCCAUCCUGCAGGCCGUGGAGUUCCUGAAGAGGGAAAAGGAGAUGGAGACCGGAAGAGCCGAGGUCGAGCGUGGGGGUCGGGUUGAAGAGGAGGACAUGGCACGGCUCAUUGAGCAGCUCGAGGGACGCGUCAGCAUGGAGCCCGUCUCUGUGAUGGAGGAUAUCACUGACCAAACAAUCACUGAGAACCACAGUGCCACCUUUGAGUGCCAGAUUAAGAUCAACUACCCAGAGAUUACUCUCACCUGGUACAAGGGCACCCAGAAACUGGACAAGAGUGACAAGUACGACAUCAGCAGUGUGGGGGACCGCCAUUAUCUGAAAAUCAAGAACUGCCAGGUGAAAGAUGAAGGCAACUACCGUGUGGUGUGUGGUCCUCACAUCUCCAACGCCAAACUCACUGUCACAGGUAAGACUCAGUGUUUGAGCUUGAUGUUCUGUCUCUGCGUGUCUGUAACACGUCCUCACGUCCAACUCUUCUAUUUUAUUAUUAGGAGCUUCUUACAAGACAGUAGCUUUGAGUUUUGUGUUUUUCUGUUUUCAUUUUAUACUGAAUCUAAUUUUAGAAACAGCUCCAAACAGGAGCCUUAAACACUUAAGCAGUGACAUCAGAUCUUUAAAUUUAAAAUGGAUAAAUCAGAAGCUCACUCUUAUUGUCUGGUUUUAGCCGAUCAAAUUCAGUUCACUAAAAGCAUCCGAAGCAUUGAGGUCAACGAACGCCACUCUGCCACCUUCGAGUGCGAGUUGUCCUUCGACAACGCUACGGUCACAUGGUACAAAGACUCGUGGGAGCUUAAAGAAAGCCCAAAAUAUAACUUCAGGACUGAAGGGCGACGGCACUUUAUGACAAUCUGCAACGUAACUUCAGAGGAUGAAGGCGUGUACUCCGUGAUUGCUCGCCUCGAGCCAAUGGGAGAAGCUCGAAGCACGGCCGAGCUUUACCUGUCAGGCAAAGAAAUUGGGUUAGGGAGGGUUCCUCAGGAUAUCCCCGACACAUCGGUUCACGUGUCAGAGGCAGCGUCUGCGCUCGUUUCCAGAGAUUCCUCCGAAUUUUAUCACUUUGAGGAGAGAACGGAAGUGAAAGAAGAGAAAAAACCUGUUGAAGAAAUUGUUGAGAGGACUCAGGUCGAGGUCAGAGGAGAAACCCCUGAAGUUCCUGAGAUUUACAGGAUGCCAGAGGAGAAACCCUCGGAGCCCGAAGCUCCACCUCCACCUCCGGUCAAAGAACCAAAGAUACAUGAACCACAAAGAAACCCAUAUCUGCUGCCUGGUGAACAUGAACAGGAAGCAAAUGAACCACUGGAAGCUCCGGGAAAAAACAAGAAACUUCUUGAAGAAACAAAGAUUGCUGAAGUGCCAAAAAGGUUUCCAGAAGAACCUAAGAAAGUACUAGAAGAAAUAAAGAAGGUUCCUGAAACACCACAGAAGGUUCCUGAAGCACCACAGAAGGUUCCUGAAGCACCAAAGAAGGCUCCUGAAGCACCAAAGAAGGUUCCUGAAGCACCAAAGAAGGCUCCUGAAGCACCAAAGAAGGCUCCUGAGGAACCAAAGAAGGUUCCUGAACCAUCAAAGAAGGCUCCUGAGGAACCAAAAAAGGCUCCUGAACCACCAAAAAAGGCUCCUGAACCACCAAAGAAGGCUCCUGAACCACCAAAAAUUGUUCCAGAAAUGAUGAACAAACUUCCAGAGGUAGCAAAAAUGGUUGUGGAAGAACCACAGAAGGCUCCAGCAGUACAGAAAAUGGUUACAGAACGUCCAGCAGACCCAGUGAAAGAGCUAGAAGUCGCCACAAAACCACAACAUUUGGAAACACCAAAACAAAUACCGCAGGCCAAAAAGUCUCAACAACAAGAUGAGGUAAUUGGUUCUGGAAAAGUAGAAGACCAGCCAAAGUCCAUAGAAAUCCCACAGCAAAGAGAAAUCUCUCCAUCUUCCUCUGAGGAAGCAAAAACUACUCCAACUAAACCUCCACCAACAAGAGUAGAUGACAAGAAAGCGAUGAAGGCAGCACAGAAGAUUGAGCAACAGACUCUUGAUGCAGUGUCUCCCCCAGAAGAGAAGAAACCAUCUGCACCAGCACCAAAGCCUUCACCUGCACCACCUCCUCCACCUGCUCCUGAACAGAAAGUGGCUCCCCCUGCAGCUGAAGGUGCACCUUUGGAGAAGGAACUUCCUGCACCAGCCACAAAGGCUGAACCAGCUCCUGUAUCAAAGGAAAUCUCUCCACCUGAAGACAAAGAACCAGUUUCAGCACCUGGACCAACAAAAGAUGGAAAACCAACAGAAGAGCCACCAAAAGGCCGAGGCCGAGGAUUUGGGGCAAGACAAACUCCAUCUCCUGGAGAUGGUGGCAGGGGCCGGGGCCUGAGGCCAGGUGGAAAAGGCCCAUCACCUCCAGAGGAACCGUUUGGAGGAUUCAAGCUCAAAGCUGUCCCAUUGAAGUUCAUCAAGAAGCUUAAGGACAUUGUGCUGCAGGAAGCCGAGUCCAUCGGGUCCUCUGCGGUGUUUGAGUGUGAGGUCUCACCUUCCACUGCCAUCACUUCAUGGAUGAAAGAUGGCAGCAACUUGCGUGAAGGCCCCAAGCACAAGUUUACAUCUGAUGGCAAAGAUCGCAAGUUGCACAUUAUUGAUGUCCAGCUGUCUGACACUGGAGACUACACAUGUGUAGCUAAGAAUGCAGGCAAGGAAGUAACAUGUACAGCGAAGUUGAUUGUUGAAGAGCUGCCUGUGAAAUGGUUGAAGGAACUGGAACCAGAGACAACAUGUAUUAAGGGUCAGCCAAUGUACCUCACCUGUGAGCUGAACAAAGAAAGGGAUGUUGUCUGGAAGCGUAAUGGUCAAGUCCUGAAGACAAAGGCUGGAAAAGUGGCUAUUAAUGUCAUUGGCAUGCAGCACGCCGUGACCAUCCAGAACUCCACUGAUGAAGAUGGUGGCGCCUACACCUGUGAGGUAGAUGGACAGGAGGAUGUCAAGACUACAACCAAUGUCAAAGUUAUUGAAAUGAUCAAAGACUGGCUGGUGAAGCCUCUGAGAGACCAGCACGUGAAACCAAAGGCAAAGGCUACAUUCAAAUGUGAGCUGUUCAAGGACACUCCCAACUGGAAGUGGUUCAAAGGAGAGAACGAGCUUACUCCCUCCGACAAGGUUGAGAUCAACAAAGAUGGAAGGGACAUGACGCUCGCCAUCAAUAACUGCCAGCCCGACGAUGUAUCAGACUACACCAUUCAGGUUGAGGAUCGCAGAUACACAGCCAAACUGACACUUGGAGAGCGUGAGGCUGAGAUCCUGAAGCCACUCUCCAGUGUGGAGGUGGUUGAGAAGGAAGAAGCCAACUUUGACACUGAAAUAUCUGAGGAUGAUGUAGUUGGUGAAUGGAAACUGAAAGGCCAGGUGUUGGCAAGAUCUCCGACCUGUGACAUUAAAGCUGAAGGCAAAAAGCGUUUCCUCACACUGAAAAACGUGCAGUUGGAUCAGGCCGGCGAAGUGACAUACCAGGCUCUGAAUGCUGUCACCAGCGCUAUGCUCACUGUCAAAGAAAUCGAAAUGGGCUUUGUUGACCCACUGAAGGACGUUUCUGUGCCUGAGAAGAAACAGGCUAAGUUUGAGUGCACCAUCACCAAGGAUGUGCCAAAGGUCAUAUGGUUCAGGGGGACAGAGAUUGUAACUCCAAGUCCUAAAUAUGAAAUAAUUGAUGAUGGAAAGAAGCACAUGCUGAUCAUAAACAGCUGUGAGUUUGAUGAUGAGGCUCAGUACACGAUUGAAGUGUUGGGCCAAAAAUCAACGGCUCAGCUGAUGGUAGAAGGCAUGAGGCUGCAAUUUGUCCGUCCGCUUCAGGACCAAACGGUCAAAGAAGGUAACACGGCACGCUUUGAUCUCGAGCUGUCUCACGAGAACGUACCAGUGGUUUGGUACCGAAACGAAGUCAAACUCCACGUGAGCCGAACGGUGCUCAUACACGUGGAAGGAAAGAAACACACUCUAGAAAUGAGGACACUGAAUCUAAAUGAUACCUGCCAGAUUAAGGCAGAGGCCAAAGGAAUUUACUCCAUGGCCAAACUGACGGUCAUAGAGGGCGACCCCGUCUUUGUGGUGAAGCUGCAGGAUUACUCAGCCACCGAGAAAGAAGAGGUGACUCUGGACUGUGAACUGAGCAAAGACGUCCCAGUCGUUUGGUAUCACGAAGAGAAGGAAAUCAUCGCCUCGAAGAUGGUCGUCAUAAGGUCAGAGGGCACGCGCAGGUCUCUGGUCCUAAAGAAAGUGGAACUGAGCGACAAAGGCAAAUAUUUAUGUGAUUGUGGAACAGACAAGACCUCAGCCAGCAUCAAUAUUGAAGCACGUGACAUCAAGGUCGUUCGGCCGAUUUAUGGCGUGGAGUUGUUUGAUGGAGAAACGGCUCGUUUUGAAGUGGAGAUCUCCGAGGACGACGUCCACGGCCAGUGGAAGCUGAAUGGAGAAGUGCUCAGUCCUUCCUCUGACGUCGACAUCAUCGAGGAAGGAGGCAAGCACACACUGAUCCUGUACAACUGCAAAGUGUCCAUGACUGGCGAGGUGGCAUACUCUGCUGCUAAUGCCAAGUGCUCCGCCAACCUCAAGGUCAAAGAACUCCCGCUGAACUUCCUCACACCCAUGACCGACGUUCAGGUGUAUGAGAAGGAUGAGGCGAGAUUUGAGGUCGAGGUGUCGAGAACUCCAAAGACUUUCCGCUGGCUCAAAGGCUCGCAGGAGCUGCAGAGUGACGAAAAGUACGAGAUGAUCCAGGAGGGAAAAAUGUAUGUUCUGGUGAUCCGAUCGGCCGCCUACGAUGAUGAGGCGAAGUACAUGUUUGAGGCCGAGGACAAGAGGAUGACGGGCAAACUCGUAAUACAAGGUAUUCGCCUAGAGUUUGUCAAACCAAUCAAGGAUGUAACCGUAAAGGAGCGCGAAACAGCCGAAUUCAGCGUUGAGCUGUCCCAUGACAAAAUCUCGGUGGUCUGGUACAAGAACGAUGCCCGUCUGCAUCCCAGCAAGGUGGUUCACAUGUCGGACCAGGGAAAGAUCCACACGCUGGCCUUCAAGGAAGUCACCAUCGAUGACACGUCCAUGAUCAAAGUAGAGGCCAUGGACAAGACCUUGACCGCCAUGCUCACCGUCAUUGAGGGUGACCCCUAUUUCACCACCAAGUUGCAGAACUACACGGCAGUGGAGAAAGAUGAGGUGAAGCUGGUCUGUGAGCUGAGCAAGGCUGUGGCCGAUGUGAAAUGGUUUAAGGAUGGAAAGGAGAUCAUCCCCUCAAAGAACAUUGCCAUCACCACUGAUGGCAAAAAGCGCAUCUUGAUGGUGAGAAAGGCAGAGAAGGCCAACAUCGGAGAGUACACCUGCGACUGUGGCUCAGACAAAACCACGGCCACGCUCAACAUCGAAGAGCGGGAUAUCAAAGUUGUUCGUCCGCUGUACAGCGUGGAGGUCACCGAGACAGAAACAGCCAAGUUUGAAACGGAGAUCUCUGAGGAGGAUGUGCACGGAAACUGGAAGCUGAAGGGAGAAGCUCUCCAUCAGUCGCCCGACAUUGAGAUUAAGGAGGAAGGAACCAGACACAUGUUGAUCCUCUACAACGUCCGUCUGGAUAUGGCAGGCGCCGUCGACUUCUCGGCAGCCAACGCCAGAUCCAGCGCUCAGCUCAGGGUCAAAGCUCGCUCCAUCACGCUGAUGCAUCCUCUGAAGGACGUGACGGUGACGGCUGGAGAGACGGCGACCUUUGAGUGCGAGCUCUCAUAUGAAGGCAUCGCUGUGGAGUGGUUCCUGGGAGGGCAGAAGAUGGAGGCCAGUGACCGGGUGAAGACUCGCGUGGCGGGUCGGGUUCACGCGCUGACUGUCCGAGACGUGAACCUGUCAGAGGCUGGCGUGGUUAAACUCGCUGCCAAAGACUUCCAGACUCAGGCUCAGCUGAUUGUCAGAGAGCCACCAGUUGAGUUCACAAAGCCUCUGGAGGAUCAAAUGGUGGAGGAGGAGGCCACAGCCACGCUUGAGUGUGAAGUUUCCAGAGAUAAUGCUGAGGUACGAUGGUUCAGGGAGGGACAGGAGAUCAGAAAGACCAAGAAAUACGACACCACUGUGGAUGGACGCAAGAGAGCUCUCAUCAUUCACGACUGCUCUCCUGACGAUGCCAAGAUGUACACGUGUGACGCCAAAGAUUUCAAGACUUCUUGUUUCCUGGAAGUCACACCUCCGUAUGUUGAGUUUACAAAGCCUCUGCAGGACGUGGAGGUCCGAGAGAAAGAAUCUGCCAAGUUUGAAUGUGAAGUGUCCCGCGAGUCUGCCAAGGUUCGCUGGUUCAAGGACGGCGGCGAGAUCAGGAAAGGAAAGAAAUACGAGAUCAUCACUAAGGGAGUCCAGAGAAUCCUUAUCAUCCACAAGUCGGUGUUUGAUGAUGAGGCUGAAUACGAGUGUGACGCGAGAACCUCGAAGACCUCCGGCAUGCUCACCGUCAUCGAGGAGGCAGCCAGGUUUACAAAAAACCUGUCCAACGUGGAGGGAACGGAGACGGACAGCGUGAAGAUGAUCUGUGAAGUGUCCAAGGCCGGCGCUGAGGUUACCUGGUAUCGUGGAGAUGAGGAGCUCCCAGAGGGAGGCCGCUAUGAACAUCUCAUGGAGGGACGCAAGAGGAUCCUAAUCAUCCGGGACCUGAAGAUGGAGGAUGCUGGAGACUACAACUGCAGGCUGAGUCCCACCGUCAGGACAUCCGCUAUGCUCAAACUCAAUGAACUGGCAGCUGAGUUCAUCACCCGUCCUCAGAACCAGGAAGCGGUGGAAGGCGAGAAGGCCGAGUUCUCCUGCUCUGUCUCCAAAGACACCUACGAAGUGAAAUGGUUUAGAGGUGACAAGGCAAUAGAAACUGGAGACAAGUAUAACAUCAUAAGUGAAGGAAAGAGAAGGUCUCUGGUUGUGAAAAACUGUGAGCUGAAGGACGAGGGAGGCUACACGGCCCAUAUUGGCACCGUUAAAGCCUCAGCAGAUCUGCUUGUGAUCGAAAAAUUGAGGAUCAUCACUCCGAUCAAAGACACGGAGGUGAAGGAGGGACGGGAGAUCGUGUUCAACUGUGAGACAAACACGGAGGGAGCAAAGGCCAAGUGGCUGAAGAACGAGGAGACCAUCUUUGAGAGCAGCAAGUACAUGAUGGUUCAAAGGGACAACGUCUUCUCUCUGAGGAUCAAAGACGCCCAGAAGGCUGACGAGGCCGUCUACACCAUCAGCCUGACCAAUCACAGAGGAGAGCAGGCCAAAUGCUCUGCCAGCGCCAAAGUCUCAGAGGAAAAACUGAGGUUCUCAGAGCCUAUCGAGGAUAUUGAGACUCAGGAGAAGAAGACCAUCAGCUUUGUCUGUAAGGUGAACAGGCCCGGGGCGACGGUGAGGUGGAUGAGGGCCGGCCAGGAGGUGACGCUCAGCAAACGCAUUGUCUACAGGGCCGAUGGCCUGAAGCACAGCCUGACCAUCAAGGACUGCAUCAUGGAAGACGAGGGCGAGUACACUGCUUUGGUCGGAGAUGACAAAUGUGCAGCUGAGCUGAUCAUCAGUGAGGCACCGACGGACUUCUCAGCACAGCUCAAAGACCAGACUAUUACCGAGUUCGAGGACGCAGAGUUCACCUGCAAACUGACCAAGGAGAAGGCUGCCGUCAAGUGGUACAGGGAAGGACGAGAGAUUAGAGAGGGCCCCAGAUAUCACAUGGAAAAAGAAGGGAAGCGGUGCACAUUGAUCAUUAAGGUGUGCAGGCCUGAUGAUGAAUGCGAAUACGCCUGUGGUGUGGAUGAGAGGAGGACGAGAGCGAGGCUUUUCGUUGAAGAGACCCCAGUAGAAAUCAUCAGACCGCCUCAGGAUAUGUUUGAACCUCCAGGCUCAGAUAUUGUGUUUGAGGUGGAGCUCAACAAAGACCGGGUGGAGGUGAAGUGGAUGAGGAACAACAUGAUCAUUGUCCAGGGUGACAAAUACCAGAUGAUCAGUGAGGGUAAAGUCCACAGGCUGCAGGUCUGUGAGAUCAGACCCAGAGAUCAGGGAGAGUACAGGAUCGUGGCAAAAGACAAGGAUGCCCGAGCCAAGCUGGAGCUGGCAGCUGUUCCAAAGAUUAAAACCACUGAUCAGAACCUGGUGACAGAUGCCGGUAAACCCUUCAUCAUGACCGUGCCUUAUGACGCGUACCCUCGUGCUGAUGCUGAGUGGUUCUUUGAGGGCACCAGCCUUCCUGUCCAGAAUAUUGACACCUCUAUGGACAGGACUGAGUACCGCCUGAAGAGCCCCACCAAAGAGGACCAAGGCCGAUACAAGGUUGUAAUCAAGAACAAGCAUGGCGAGGGAGAAGCCUUUAUCAACCUGGAUGUGAUUGAUGUACCCGGACCCAUCAAGAACCUGAGAGUGGUUGACACUGUUGAUGGUGAGGUCAGUUUGGCCUGGGACGAACCCGAGAGUGACGGUGGCAGCAAGAUUAUCGCCUAUGUUGUAGAAAGACGAGAUGUAAAGCGCAAGACCUGGACUCUGGCUACAGAUCGUGCUGACACUCCAGAGUACUGUGUCAGUGGCCUCCAGAAGGAUUCCUUUUACCUGUUCAGAGUCUGUGCUCGAAACAGAGUUGGCAGUGGACCCACUGUUACAACUGAGGAUGCCGUUCAGGCCAAGAACAAGUUUGAUGUUCCAGAUGCCCCUGAAAAUGUUGUGGUGGAGUCAGUGAACAAGUUUGGUGCCACAAUCACUUGGGAGCCUCCCAAGUUUGACGGUGGCUCUGAGAUCACUGCCUAUGUGAUUGAGCUCCGUGACAGAACAUCCGUGAAGUGGGAGGCGGCCUUAGUCUGCGGUGCCAGUGAUCGCUCAGCUAUGUUGAACGACGUGGUGGAGAACAAGGAGUACAUCUUCAGAGUCCGAGCAGAGAACAAAGCUGGCAUCGGCAGGCCCAGUGCUGCCACCAACCCCGUCAAGAUCAUGGAUCCCAUCGAGAGGCCGAGCCCACCACUGAACCUGAACUUUAGUGACCAAAUCAAGACUGCAGUCACAUUGACCUGGGAAACACCCAUUAACAACGGAGGCAGCAUGAUUACAGGAUACAUCAUUGAGAAAUGUGAGGAAGGCUCUGACAAGUGGCUCCGCUGCAAUGCCAGACUGUGUCCUGACCUGUCCUACCGGGUAUCUGGACUGAAACCUGGUCAGAAGUACCUUUACAGAGUUUGUGCUGAGAAUGCCGCCGGCGUCUCCGAUCCAACUGAGCAGCUUGGACCACUGCUGGCUGAUGAUCCUCACGUUGGUCCCACCUUUGACCUGAGUGGCUUCAGGAAAGGCCUGGAAGUGAUUGUUCCUCAACCUCUCACCAUUAGAGUUCCCAUUACCGGAUACCCGACCCCUGUGGCCAAGUGGACCUUUGGUGAGAAGGAGCUGACCCCCUCAGAUGAGCGCAUCUCCAUGGUGACAAAGCCUACGUACACAGAGCUGACAAUAUCGCCAAGUGUUCGUCCAGACAAAGGCAUCUACACCCUGCAACUGGAGAACGACGUCUCUUCUGUCUCUGGAGACAUUGAAGUCAAUGUGAUCGCGUGCCCCAGUGCUCCCAAGGACUUCAAGGUGGCUGAGGUGACCCGUCACCAUGUCCACCUGAUGUGGGAGGCUCCCGAACACGAUGGAGGAAGUCCAGUGACCCACUAUCAGGUUGAGAAGAGAGAAGUUUCUCGCAAAACAUGGGCCAAGGUGGCUGCUGGCAUCCUUGAUUUGGAACACACAGUAACGGAUGUGAUUGAAGGAAAGGAGUAUCUGUUCAGUGUUUCUGCAUGCAACAAGUGUGGACCUGGAGAGCCAGCGUACAUCGACGAACCCGUCAAUGUCUCCUCUCCCGCCACUGUACCUGAUCCACCUGAGAACCUUAAGUGGCGCGAUAAGAGUGGCAAGACCAUCUUCCUGUCCUGGGAGCCUCCGAAGUAUGACGGUGGUGCCCAUAUUAAAGGUUACGUGGUAGACAAGUGCCAGCGUGGUACAGACAAGUGGGAACCCUGCGGUGAUCCCAUCCCUGAACUCAAGUUCCAGGUGACCGGUCUGAUUGAGGGCCAGUGGUACGCCUACAGAGUCAGAGCUUUUAAUAAGUUGGGAGCCAGCCGACCUUGCAGGGCCACCGAUGAGAUCCAAGCCGUGGAUGCUAGAGAACCUCCUGAGAUCCAGCUCGAUGUAAAGUUGCUGGCUGGUUUGACGGCCAGAGCUGGUACCAAGAUUGAGCUUCCUGCAGAUGUCAAAGGGAAGCCCGAUCCCCGGGUGAAGUGGACCAAAGCAGACGUGGUCCUGCGGGCUGAUAACCGCAUUGCCAUCGACACCCAGCCAGGACACUCAAAGGUUUCCAUCGACAACACCACCAGAGGCGACACGGCCACCUACAUCAUCGAGGCAGUCAAUGCUUGUGGACGUGCCACCGCAACGAUCGAUGUCAACAUCCUCGAUAAACCAGGCCCUCCAGCUGCCUUUGAUAUCUCUGAGAUCACCAAUGAAUCCUGUCUCCUGGCCUGGAACCCUCCCAGGGACGAUGGCGGCUCUCCCAUCACCAACUACAUUGUGGAAAGUCGUCAGUGCGACAAGGAGGAGUGGGUCAAGCUGUCGGCCACAGUGAAGCACACCACCUUUAAGGCCAGCAAGCUCACAGCUUUGAAAGACUACAUUUUUAGGGUCAGUGCAGAGAACCAGUAUGGCAUUGGUGAACCUGCAGAGCAUACACCAAUCACUGCAAAGUAUUCCUUUGAUCCUCCUGGUCCUCCAACCAGAGUCACUCCCUCUGAAGUUGCCAAGGAUGCUGUCACUCUGACCUGGUUUGAGCCCGACGAGGACGGCGGCAGCCCCAUCACUGGAUACUGGAUUGAGAAGCUUGAUCCAGAGAGUGACAAGUGGAUUAGAUGCAACAAACUGCCCAUCACAGAGACAACAUUCAGGGUAAAGGGACUCACAGCUAAGAAGAAGUAUCGCUUCCGGGUUCUGGCUGAGAAUCUAGCUGGACCUGGAAAACCAAGUACAGAGACUGAUCCAGUCCUCAUCAAAGAUCCUAUUGGUAUGUCACAGUCUACUUAG